GUAUUUAUUCCUUGCCACUGAAAAGUCAGUUUCUGUUGAGCAAAAAUUUACCAAGUCCUACAGUGCAGAGUGUUGGAGAUUCAAAGCUGAGAAAACACUCCUCUCCUUGAAGAACUUUUCAAACUGACAAUUUAAGGGAAGUCUGUUGUAUGUUGCAGUAUUUAGUAACCUAAGUUAUGGCAUAGGAAUGAAUUUUCAGAGAGGAUUUUAGUCAAGAGAGAUUACUGUGGGGGAGAAGAGGAGAGGGUGGGGUUUUCUCUCUGGAUGGUUGUCAGGAGACUUGACUUUGAGUAGAGAUAACAAAUCACAGAAGGAAUAAUCAGGUCAAUGAAGCCAGCCUGUUUUAUAAAAAAAGAAACAUGUGGCUCUACCUGGCCUGCCUCAUUGGUCUUUACCAUCUCUUUCGCCGGUACCAGGAGAGGCAGGUGGUGAGCAAUCUGGAGGACAAAUAUGUCUUCAUCACCGGCUGCGACUCUGGAUUUGGGAAACUGCUGGCCAAGCAGCUGGACCUUCGAGGUCUGAGGGUGCUGGCAGCCUGUCUGUCAGAGAAAGGAGCUGAGCAGCUGAGGCAUGAGACUUCAGACAGAGUAGAGACAGUGAUCUUGGAUGUAACCAAGACGGAGAGCAUCACAGCAGCUGCCCAGUGGGUGAAGGAGCAUGUGGGAAAUAAAGGGCUCUGGGGCCUGGUGAACAAUGCCGGCGUCUCCUUGCCCUCGGCCCCCAACGAGUGGCUGAACAUAGAGGACUUCCUGAAAGUGCUCAAUGUGAACCUCAUUGGACUGAUUGAGGUGACCCUGAGUCUGCUUCCUCUGGUGAGGAAGGCCCGGGGCAGGAUUGUCAGCAUGUCCAGCGUGAUGGGCCGCCUGUCUGUCUUUGGGGGUGGCUACUGCAUUUCCAAGUAUGGGGUGGAAGCUUUCUCCGACAGUCUCAGACGGGAACUCUACCACUUUGGGGUGAAGGUGGCCAUGGUAGAGCCUGGCUUCUUCAAGACCAACAUCACCAACGAGAAGAUUUUUUCCCAGAGCUACCACAAGCUGUGGGAUCGCUUGGACCCUGAAGUCAGGCAGUGUUACGGCCAGAAGUUCUUGGAUGCCUUUCUCCAAUCUACUCAUGACAUACAGAAUUUCUGCCAACCAGACCUCUCCCUGGUGACCAACUGUCUGGAGCAUGCCUUGACUUCUCGUCAUCCACGUACCCGCUACUCAGCCGGCUGGGAUGCCACUCUGUUCUUUAUUCCCCUAUCCUACUUGCCCACUAGACUAGUGGAUUACAUUAUUUCGUGGAAUUAUCCCAAGCCUGCCUGUGCCUUGUGAUGACAUGGGGAGACGGAAGGAGUAGCAAAUGAUAAGGCAAGAGGAGAAGCAGUUUGUAAGUCAGAGUUUGGUGUGCAGGAGGCAGAGGAGGAGUCCUAGAGAGAAUAAAAUCCAGUAAGCAUCUGUUGAGUACCUAUUAUGCACAAGAUUCUAUGCUAGGCACUGGUGGGAAUGCAAAGAUGCAUAAGACCUGGUUCCUACCCUUAGUAAUAAUACUACUAAUAAAAUAGCAUUUGCAAAAUACAAAUAUUAUCUCAUUUAAUCAUCACAACAACCGGGGGGAGAGAUAGAUUGUAUUAUUAUCCCCACUUUAUAGAUGAAGAAACUGAGACUAGGUGAUUUUCCCAGGCCACACAGUUUACAAGCUCCUGAAGCUUGAUUUGAAUGUCGAUCUUUCAGACUUGGGUCCAACACCUGAUACACUGAGCCAUCUAGCAGCCUUGAGGAGAUUAGCAGAAUAGGAAAGACACUGACAUAAAUAACUGUGAUACAAGGCGGAAUGAUGGUAGAAUCCCAGAGGAGGAGGAAGUGGAUGAAUGUUCCCAGAAGAGAAAGCACAGGUGUUUAGAGAGCAGAGUGGGAUAGCCUAUCUGAGACCGACUAAUAACUUGUUAUUGGUGGUUCUCCCCCUCAAGAAUAUGCCUUCUCUUUUUCCUUCUCUUCCUACAUUCUCUUACUUGGGAACCUCAUUUACUCAGAGUGGCUGUUGUCCUCUCUGUCCAGCUGACUUGCAAUGCUCAGAGACUCUCUCCACUGAUCUUUCACAUGACCAAUUUACUGGGAUGACCUAAUAGCACCUCAGAUUUAGCCGCUCUAAAAUGGAAUGAAUCACCUUGCUCCCUGAAGGCAGAUCUCCAAACUUAGUUCAGUGUCUCACAAAUAGUGUGGGUGCUUACUAAGUACUAAGUGAUUGACUGAUUGAUUGGAGCUUUCCUGUAGACAUCUAGUACUGAAUGUCCUGUGGGCUGUCCAGUUGUUUUUCAGUAGUAUCUGACUGUGACAUAAAUGUCAGAAGCUAUAUUAUCCUUUAAGGUUUGCAAAGCAUUUUACUUACUGAUAUUAUUUAGCCCAUGAUUCAAGGACCCUUAAAGCCUUGAAUUCAGACAGGCUGGGUUUAUUCAUCAUGGGGAUUAACCCCUACCCACUACUAACAUCAAGAAAAUGGUGAUUCCAUCUUCAACCCAGGGCUUUCCCCAGCACUCAAGAAUUGAUUUAUAUCCAGGCUACCCAACUCCAGCACUUCAUCUACUCCAGGUCUUCCCUAGUCCUGGCAGAGACCAUAAACCCCCAGCCAGACCUAGACCCCAACAACUACGUGGGGACUUGAGCCUUGAGAGACAACUAUGAACAGUCUAAUCUUCUGUUUCUGGACUCAUUCUCACAGGUUCAAGUGAUUCUCUAGUCCAGUGAUUCUAAAUCCAUGACUGCCUAUGUAGAAACUCUUUUCCCCAUCUCUAACUACCUACUUCCUUAUUCCCAUCCUCCUAUUCUGUUCUCUUCUUUCACAUAUUUAUAUAACAUCUGACUCUAGACCUUCCUGGAUUCUGCUGAGACCUGUGGAAUGCCUGUUCCAUAAUUAGCUAACUUCCUUUCAUCAUUCUUUCUCUUUCUAUCUUCUGUCAAUCAUUGAAAUUUAGCUCCUUUCUGAUGGCAUUCGAUCCUUGCCAAUACUGGUUUCACUUUAACUAAUGUUCCCUGAGUCAUUUAGUUGGAAAACUCCUUGCUUCCCAUUGUCACUUUCAAAUUCUCUACCACAAUUCCAAAUCAGCUUCCCUCCUUUGAGGUUUAUGCUGUCCAAAUUUGUCAGAUUCUAAUAGCCUUUAUCUAAUGACCACUUCCAGGAUAAUCUUCUUUCCUGGCUCAUAGUUUUUUUGUUCUCAACUGUCCUCACACUAGGAGAGUGUCAGCUCUCCUUAGUGCCUCAAUUUCCUCAGCUGCCUUAAUUUCCAAGACCUUCCAUCUCAUAGCCUACUUUUCCACUGGGCCUCACAGAGAUAGUCAUGCCUUUAAUUUUAGUAUUAAUUACAAAUAUUGCACUUCCUUGUUCACGAGCUCCUCAUUCCUUUAUUUGCUCAUAAUCUUUUAUCAUUCUUUUCUUCCCUCCAGGUUCUUAGCAAAUCUUUUUUGUACCCCUAAACCCAGGCUUGCAUCUUUCCCUAUGCCUUAAGAUCCUAACUUUGUUCUUCAUUGUCACUGUGACCUGAAAUCCUUCUGUCCCUCAGUUCUUUCCAGUCCAUCACUCCUUGGUAAAUCAGGUCAUUAGUUUGACUUUACAUUAUUCUCUGCACUUGUAUUCCUUGACUUCCUGUCCUUUUACUGAUCAUACCUUGCCAAAUCCUAACCUUCAGUUAGUCCCACCAUUCACCACUUUUUCUUCUCUUUAAAUGCUGUUGAAUGGAGUUUACAAAAAUAACAAAACCAUGUUAAUUGUGGUCCACUAAAAUUUUAUGUUACUUAACCAGGCUUUUUUUUUAUCAGAUGGGCCAA